UUACGAGACGUGGCCGCGAGAGGAGACCAGGCGGUGCAGUGCUAGACGGCCAUUUACAAGAAGACCAGUGCUUGUAAACGUCCUGGCUAGUGAUAAACAAAUAAUAUGGUGCUAGGCGGUGACCCGGACCAAGGGUGAAGCGUGUGCGGCGAUUAGAAGCGAAGAUAUCAGCAAAAAUGGAGAAUAUGGCGGAGAAUCAUAAUCAAGCCGUGACCAUGGAGGAGCAGGAGCAGGCCAUCGACGACGCCAAGAACCCCGGCCAGCAGGAGUCCGCCUAUGGGUCCCUUGAGUCAUCCUCCCAGGGGCCCUCGCAGAAGAGCAGUUACAGCGGAAGCAAAAGUCUCAACAGCGGGUCCAGCCACAGCAGCGGGUUCGGGGAUAAUGCUGACUUCAGUAGUGAAAACAGACUCAAGGAGACCAAGCACAAAGACCACAAGCGGAAGAAGGUCAAGGAGAAGACGGAGAAGAAGGUGGAGAAGGCGGAGAAGCUAGCCAAGGAGGAGAAGAAGGAGAAGGAGAAGACGAGGGCGGGCCAGGACCACCAUGACCCCCAUAUGGCCAGCGAGACAGCGAGCAGCAUUGCCACGGGGAUGGAGGAGGGCGGCUCGGCGUUCAACUGCCAUAGCAAUGACGGGGAUGAGCGAGCCGACCAACCCAACCUCGUGUACACCCAGGCCCUCAACUACAUCAGGAAGAUCAAGGAGCGGUCCGCCGAGCAAGGUGUUCUCUUUGCCAGUCCCGAGUUGGUGCAGCUUCCCCGCGACACUCACGACAUCGCUGCCUUCCUCAAGAGCUUCAAGAGUACCCGAGGGUUCACCGUGGCCAUCAGUGUGCAGGACGGGCUGGUGCUGCAGGUGUCCCCGGCCAUCACUGACGUGCUGGGCUUCCCUAAGGACAUGCUCAUCGGGCAGUCCUUCAUCAACUUCGUCUACCCCAAGGACUCCAUCAACCUGUCCUCCAAGAUCAUCCACGGCCUCAACCUCCCCUUCAGGAACGAGUCCAUAAAAGACAACUACGGCACCUCCUUCUUCUGCCGCAUGAGGAUGUACCACGGCCUCAGGAGCUCUGGGUUCGGCGUGAAGAACAAGCGCACAUUCUACAAGCCCUGCAAGAUGGUCCUCAAGUUCCACGACCCGACUUGCCUGGACGAGACGGCUUCUACUUGCGGCCCUAACUCGUCCCUCCUGCUGGCUGAGGUUAUACCCAUCCAGAGCAUCUAUCAGGUUCCCGAGGAGACACCGGCGAUGGGCAGCUUCAGCAUCAGACACUCGGCCUCGUGUAACUUCUCGGAGUACGACCCGGAGGCGAUCCCGUACCUGGGCCACCUCCCGCAGGACCUGACCGGCAACUCCGUGUUCGACUGCUACCACCCGGAGGACCUGCCGCUGCUGAAGGAGGCGUACGAGGAGAUGGUUCGAGAGCAGGGCAGACCUCACCGCAGCAAACCCUACCGCUUCCGAACCUUCAACGGCAGCUAUGUCACCCUGGAGACCGAGUGGCUGUGCUUCGUCAACCCCUGGACCAAGCGCAUUGACUCCAUCAUCGGCCAGCACAGGGUUCUCAAGGGCCCGAGCGACAUAGCCAUCUUCCUGGAUCCUGGGGACAAAGCACCCACACCCCUGCCGGAAGAGGUGAUGAAGGAGGCGCAGAAGGCUCAGAAGGAGAUCAUUGAGCUGCUGGCGAAGCCCGUUGCCUCGUACAAGGACCCCAGUAAAGGUUCGCAGGAGAUGCGUCGCCGCACGCUGGCCAACAUGAUGAGCUCCAUCGUGGACGAGCUGGACAACCUCGAGAAGAAUGUGACGCAGACCACCAACCGCCACUCCCUCCUCGUCCCCCGCCAGCACAACAAGCCCGGCAACCACGCGCCACAGCCCCCCAUCGGCCCGGCGCCCCCCAGCACGUUUCCCACCACUCAGGACCAGGCCUCAGUGGUUAUGGGGGAGAUCUCCCCUCACCAAGAUGACCGUUGCUAUGAGUCCUACCCCUCCACCUCCACUCCGUCCAGCUACAGCAAGUUGAACUACAAUGAGACCAUUCAGAGGUUCUUUCGGAGUCAGCCCAAGACAGUGUCAUCUGAUGAGAGCGGUGACAGCAAGAUGGAAGUCUCCCACCUGGGCAGUCUGGGCUCUACCACCAACAAGCAAUCCCAAGACAACUCCCAGUCCCAAUCCGGCUCUGGCUCUGGCGACAAUUGCAACCACACCAGGAAGUCCGAGAGCACCGGAAACGGCAGCGGCAGCGGAAGCGGCGACACAGGGCGGACGUCCAGUGUGGGGCGGUCCUACAGGCACGUGCAGCUGACGGAGGAAGUUCUGUCCAAGCACAACGCAGACAUGCAGAAGAUGUUCAUGCAGCGGCAGCGGACAGGACUUAAGCCUCACAAGGACAAGGGCAAGCUGAAGACCAUGAAGAAGGCACUCAAGAGGCCUGUGGAAAGGACGUGCGGUGUGAAGCGCGGCGGCGGGGCGAUGGAGCAUGAGGCGACGGCCAACAAGCAGCCCUUCCUGGCACCCUCUGCGGCAGGUUCCGGCUCCUCCCUCAAGCCUUCCUCCGCUGACGUCUGGGCGCAUGGCGAGAACCAGACACACAUACAUUCCUCUGGCAGGUCCGUCGGGGCCGCUGUGGGACAGGGCACGACCCACGUGGCAGCGCCCUCCUACCCGGGCAUCAUGCCGGGCUUCUACUUCCCCACCAGCACCUCCAGCAUCUCCCAAGUCCCCCCCGUGCCCCGUGCCCCCGCCCCGAUGCCCCUCGUCCUCCCACCACAGCAGACAACCUUCCUGCACCCUCAAGGCGUGGCAGUGCCGCUGCAGUACAUCCCUGGGGUCAUGUACCAGCCGGUGGGGCCGCCGCUGUUCAACGCGCCGCCCCUCAUGCUGCCCAACGUGGUGUACCAGCACACAGCGGUCCAUGCUCCACUCACCCAGAUGCCCAUCCCCAUGUCUGACGGGGAGAAGCCGUCCGGGGCCGAAAGUGACCAUGACCUGUUUGACCCCAUCCCUCAGUCUGCCAAGAGCUUCAUCGCCAAGCACUCCACCCCACACCUGCGGCGGCCUGACUCACAGGCCACCUCUGUCAAGGCUGAGCCGGGAUCAGCGCGCGGCAGCACAGCCUCAGCCUCGGGCAAGCUGAUCAGCUCCCACUCCCACGUCGCUGAGAGUAUCCGCUCCUACAUAGAGGACACCACAACUGUCUCCCCGGGAUGUGCCCCCAAGGAUACUGAGAAGAACCGUGCCUCAUCACAGGUCUCACAGUAUUCACAGUCGACCAGCGUCCGCGCUGAGGCCGAGAGCAUCGGCUCCCCCGGCAAACAGGACAAAAUGACCAUCGAACCACGCCAUGAGAACUCCAGUGACAUGGUGCUCUCUGUCACCAGCUCCACGGGCUCCCCGGGCGAGUACAAGUCCAGCGACGACAGUAUGCAAAACAUCUCAGACAACUCUGAGAACAGCGAGAUCUCGGGGAUGGGGAUGAAGUGGAACAUCCCGCGCGCCAAGUGUCAGCGGCCGGUGCUGAGCGACCCGCCGUGGCUGGAGGACGUGAAGUUGACGCCAGAGCUGCUCUACAAGUACCAGCUGGAGACCAAAGAGCUGGUGGAUGUCCUUCGCCAUGACAUGGACAAACUCAAGAGUGUGCGGCAGCCAACCAUGGUGGAUGACCAGCUGUCGUCUCUAUACCACGAACUGGAGCUGGAGGGGUCCAGUCCCUACCUGCACCUGGAGGACGGUGUCACCUCCUCCUCAGGGGAAGACCAGGCAGGCACGUCAUCACAGCAGCCACCAGCCCCAAGAAGGAAGCGAACAUCAUCCUACUUCAGCAAGAUGGCGAUGCUGCACGAAGAGGACGCUCCCCUGCCCCCCGCUGACGCCUGGUGUUGCCACCGUCAGCCUGCCCUGGAGACCUCCAGCUCCUCCUCGUAAAGCUUUCCUGCAGGGGCCGACACUCCCCUUUCUUAGCUUGAUGAAGGAGGACAACAAACCUCCUCGAGUACCUUGUUCAGUCCCUGCUCUUUGGUCUGAGGAACUACUGAUGCUGAAUGAUCCCAGACUUCUGUUUCCUCCCUUGGUUGGUUGCUAACGGGAAGACUGUUUGUCAUUUUGGGGGAAGCUCAUCCACUCACGACGGCAGAACUGACCGCGCAAAGAACUUGGUUUGUGACAUUAACUAUCCGAAAUGCGUGUAACUAGAAAUAAUCACGUCAAUUCCCAUAGCUCCAGCUCCAUCUAAAGAGGAGACUGCACAUCCCCAUGAGGCAGUCAUUCACAAACGUUAAGAAAUUUGCGUCAAUUUCAUGACUUUGAACGCUUGGAAAACUUAGUGAUGCUUUGCCUCCCAGCACCCUGGUGGUGGUGGGGGCGAGCAGUGCCGAGCUGUACCUGUGUUGAACUGUAUGUUGCUACCUGGAUAGUGUGGGAGACAUGGUAAUACUGGAAGGCUAUGGGAGUACUAGUAGUUGUGAAAUACUGCUAGAGAAUGGGUUGAACUAGUAAAUAAUGGUAAAACUGGAUUGCUAUGGAAAUACUAGUAAUUGUGGAAUGGUGCAAGAGAAAGGUUUAAAGCUUGAACACUGCAGGAGAACUAGUAAUUAAUGGUAGAAUGGGAAUGCUAUGGAACUGCUAGCACUUGCAGAAUGCUGCAAGAGAGUGGGUGAAAGAUUGAACACCUCACAGAGCUAGUAAAUAUGAGAACCUCCACACAUACUGAACACUGUGGGAGAUAUCAAUAAAGGCCAAAGGAACACUAGGAGGAGAUUAGGAAAAUGGGAAAGCUUGCACACUAGAAUAGGAAAGCCUGAAUGUUAUUGGAAGACUGGUAGUAGUGAGAACAGACAAAAAUAAAAGACUCGUAACAUAAUCCGUUCUGUUGCUGCUGUGUGGGUCUGCAGCUCAUGUUGAAGAAAGGAUCAGUGUGGUGUCCUGCGUCUUCUGUGCCUGAGAACAUGAAUCUGGAGAGUAGGAGAAGCCUGGGAAGAAACAAUGAUAGGAACGAGGGGUGAGAGAAGAUAGGGAGAGGGGUGAGAUAGGGUAGUGGUGGACCAUGUCAUAGGUAAGGGAACGGUGAACUGAAUUUGGGAGUUGAUAGGCAAGGGCAGGGAUGAAGUGUAUCUAGGCAGGGUGAGGCAGGGUCGGGUGUUGUGGCAGGGGUUGUACUGUCUUAAAGUGCUUGGUGGGCAGUCCUUGACCCGGCACAGAUAAGGUCAGGAGUAGAGAAUAAGUUAGUGUGUGAGGGAAGGAGAGGCUGGUAACUCCU